UUGUUGUUAUUUUAAGUUACUUUUGAAACGGAUUUAACCUACGCGAUAUAAGAAUAUAGUAUAUCGAAUAUAAAAAAAACAUUUAACCUUUAUAAUUGUACAUCUUUUUCAUCAUAUCAUACCAAAGUGGCACUUCUGUUUGCUAUUGUAAUUUAAUUAUUUAUGCUUAUCAUUUUUUUUUGCAAUGAACGAAAAAACACCUAUAACGAUUCUGCAAGAACUUUGUGUUGCCAACGGGACUCUCCCAUUGUUCAAUUUGAUUCACGAUGGAUCUAGCUUAAUGAAGCCAGUAUUUAAGUAUCAGGUCAAUGUGUUUAUCAAGGAUAUGACGGUGUCAUCUGUUGGUACUGGACGAUCGAAAAAGGAAGCUAAACAUGAUUCUGCAAGAAAAGCAUUAGAAAAACUUUCUCAGUUGAAUUUGUGUGAUGACACCUCCCCUAAUAUUUCAGAUUUGGAACCUGUGCCACGAUUUGUUGUUUCUGAUGCCAUCAGACAUCUGGCAGAGCUCUGUGAAGAGCGAAAACUACCAAUUCCAGAAUAUGAAUUAAUUCAGGAUAUAGGCCCUCCUCAUGCAAGACAGUUUACUAUGAUGUGUAGAAUUGCUUCACUCAAGCAAAAAGCCACAGCUACAACAAAGAAAGCUGCUAAACAAUUGUCUGCUUCCAACAUGCUUGAGCUAUUACGAGCAAUAGAUGAUGAUGAAAUAGAUGGCAAAGAAGUGGUAUCUCUUUCUCAGAGUGAUGUGAAUAAAGUCUUAGAGCAAAAGCAAGAAAAGAUCAUAUUGACCAACCGUUUUUCAGAGUAUGAUAGUCCAUUUCAAAAUUAUGACAAUGAUAAAUGUGUAGAAGCUCGGAAUAUACUUAAUAAUGAUUUGUUAAGUCACGAAGAAAGAGUUAAAAGGGCUUUCGACGCUUUAGAGCUCAAAUUUGAAAUACUUGAACUUCCAACUGUAGAUGAUAGAGUGUUGUUUUUGUUUUCUACGCUCAGACUGGAACCUGAAAUUCAUAUUUCAGAAUUUACGUUAGAAGAUCUUUAUUGUAAGACAAAUUUAUAUUUAAGUACAUUUUUGGAAUGA